CCACUGGAGUUUACUCUCCUGGUCUCUAGUCUUCUUAAUCCAUGCUUUCCUCCAUGCUUUCCUCCAUGCUACUCCCAUAAGCAUGAAGCUAACCUCAAAACUCUUGUGAUAUAUAUAUAUUUUUUUUCACUCGAUAGGCUCGAUAGUUACGUUUGUUAUUUAAAAUAUAUGCGUGACGAGUACUGCGGAACAGUGCAAAAAAGUGUUAUAAAUUGUUGACAAUGGCGUUGUCCAGAGAACUAUUAAAGCGAUUGAACUCGGAUGACUAUCCUCUGACGAAACGAUUAAAAUUAGCGGAAACUGCGUUUCGCGCGGUGGAUUUACCGCUUGUCCGGCGCGAGGGCUUGCUCCUAGAGUGGCUGUGCAAAAGUUGCGCCACGCAUCAACAUGCUUGGCAGUCUUUAAAUAACUGUUUAGGGAUUCAUCAUAUCAAUAUUAGGGCCGAUGCGAAACAACGUUUAAUCGACAUGCUCGUACAAACCUUAGACAGCGAUAUGGAAAACAUAUAUGGGGCGGUCCUCGAAUGCUGCAGAUUAGUUCUCAUCAAUAAGAGUAUGCGGCAAUAUUUUGCGAACAAGCCGAAGAGUCUAGGCCUAUUAGCGAAAGCACUGUUGAACAGCGUGUUGAAACGUUCCGGCUGCGGCAGUGUGACUCGAGAGGAAUGCGGUCAACUGCUUGCCCCGUGUAAAUUGUCGCCUGUAGAGCACGAUGCUGUGAUGAGCACUGUCGAGAGUCUGAUGCAAAUAUAUAAACAGCCGAUUACUACGAAAGAUGAACUGAGAUUAAUUUUUAUACGGGAUAUCUUGUAUCCUGUGUGUACUUUGGUUGAUCACACUCAGACGGACAGUAAAAACCGGCUUGGUACAGCGGCGUACAAGUGCAUCCAGCAGUUGUUGCUAGGAAGAAGCAAAACUGUACAAAUUAAACAGAUUGGAGACCUUAACCAGUCGAUGUUCUCAGAUUUAUUUUGCGUGUUGUCCGAACAUGUAAGGACGGCGAAUCUUCGGAGUAAUCUUUUAACUUACCAGUUUAUUUUCCGCACAAUGGUAGGCGCUUAUAAAUCGGACGCUGCUUUGUUGGAUACGUUCUUCAGAAAUCUGAUUGACUCCUCUGGAAGGUAUAAGUGGGAGAUCGUCAGUUCUUUUCUCAAACUGCUGGAUGAUGUAACGCUGGAUUUUGAUAAUGCCGUAGAUGGUGUCACACUGACCGAGUAUUUACAGAGCUUUAUAAGUGAGAUUUUGACGCUCGACGACGUAACGCUUGUGCAUUAUAGAGUGCUCGCGCAACUUGCGUAUAUCAAUCCUGUAUUAAUAGAGAAAAACAUCGCUGACAUUUUAAACAAGAUACUUCUGAAAGAACAAACUGUCGACCAUACAAAUUUGUUGAUUGCAAUUCUGUAUGCCAGCACGAAAUUGCGACGGGAGCAAAAGUUUAUUUCGCAAUUAUUAAUAUCGUUGAAGCAGCACGUUGCAACAGGGAAGAAGUAUAAAGCGAGCACGUCCACAUUUUUCCCAGAUGAAUUCAAACUCAAAUUGACGAGAACGAUUAGUACCUUUUCCAGUUCACAGACUGUAACGGCUCUAAGAACAUUAAUAUAUUACUUAAAUACAGAUUGUGCAGAACUUUUGCAAUCCAACACUUCAUGUAAAAAUAUAUUGAUAUUAAAGGCAACAGUGGAGUUGCUCGUUAUACUUUUCGAUGGUAUGCAAGUUUUUGAAUACACCAGAACAUUAUCCGCUCAUGAAAAAUUUGCCAACGGCCUAGAUGAAGUUGGGAAUGCGUUAUCGCUGUUGAUUAAUAAGGCAUUGUGUUUAAGUCAUAACAAAACCGUUAUCUUAAUACUACUAAGCGCGGUGCAAUCGUUGAGCGAGAUACAAAAUAUGUUUAAAUAUUAUAUACUAAAAGAUGUCGCUACGAAGAACCAAUCGUUUCCGAUUCUGGAUGAUCCCUGGCAACAGUUAAUUCAAAGGAUUACCAAUUUCGGAGAGGACAAUUGCAAGAAUGUCAUGAAUAAACUUAUUUUACAUCGACUGAAACUAGAUAUGUCAGACAAACCUAUUAAACUUCAUGGUUUAAUAGGUAGCCUUGAGUAUUCCUGGAGUAGUAUUUUGAAACAUGACACAGAUGUACUUUCCUUGUUGCAUGACAAAGAGAUAUCAAACGUUGCGUAUUUAUUAUUAGCUGACAUAACAUCGAGCGAGCAGAAUUUUCGUGAAUGGCUGAACAUAUUGGACAAAGAAUGCCUACAAGAGAACAGGCGCUUUAUAAUGUGUCUCUUAAGCCAUAUUCUUGUCCGAAUUGGACAAAGUCUUUCACUAACCAUUACCGAACACAUUAACGUUAAGCUGUUUAUGGAAAACGGACAUAAUAAUAAAUUGUCAGAAGUCUUACAAGUUCUAAAAGAACAGAUAUCGGAGGAACAAUCGAUGGAAACGACAUAUAAAAUGUCUUUCGACAUUGAAUUGAUUUUAGAAAUAUUUCUUCAUUUACCGACGAUAUAUUUCAGCCCUAACGUAAGACUGUUAAUAUUCCUGAUUAUGUACUUCAUUAGUAGAAAAUGUGAAAAAAAUGACAAAGUAUUGGCGUUAUGCAAUGUGAUAUUUUCAGAUUUACUAGAGAAAACCGGAGUUGACGUAUUGCAGUACAUAGAACCAAAAUUGUUAAUAAAUCAAUUAGCACAGCAAAAUAAAGCGUUUUCGAAAGCCUGCGAAUUGUCUCUACGAAAUGUGAAAACGUAUGCUACCUUAAAAAAUCUCAUAAAAAAUUGUGCUGAAUGCAAGGAAGCUAUGUGCAUUGUUCUGGAGUGUAUGGAGACUGUCAGACCAAAAUUGGAUACUGAGCAGAAAGUCAUUUUCAGAAAGGCAGAGAAAAAAUUAGCCAGGGCCAUUUUAAAAGUGUUACCUGAAGAUAUAAACGACGCCUUCGAUGUGAAAUGUUUAACGGCAGUGUUAAAAGUAACUUUUCAAACUGAAAUGGUUACCGAUACUUUGAAGAGAUCCACUGAAUUAGCUCUCAAAAAUGUGUUCACGGCAAGAGAACACUCGAGCAACACAAAUGAUAGUAAAUUGCUGCAGGAAGGUGUACAAUUGUCUAUUAUCGUUUUACAACAUCGUAAAAUGUUUGAAAUUGAAGAUACGAUCAUCAGAAAUUUAUGGUCUACAAUGUUGAAGCACCCUUGCAAGAAUUUAAUCGAACUUUUAUUAGCGUCUACCGAGUUACAACAAUUUCACGAACUUUUAAAAUUGCUUCACGAUCAGACAAUCAAUAGCUUGUCACAAAAGGAUAAGUCAGUAUGGCUAAAUCUAUUUACCAUUUGGAGCAGUAUAAUGAAAACGGACAUGAAUGUUAAACGUAAUAAGGUACGUUUGAGUGCCAUCAACAAUCUGUUGAAAACUGUAUUAAUGUUGGAUGUCCCGCACGAAUAUUGGUCAGGGCUGUUGCGUUUAUCUCACGAUGUAAUCGGUACCAAACAUUUGCUUAUUCCCGACAUUACGAUCGAUCUUAUUACGCUGAUCGGUUUGAAGUCGCUCGACGAAGCAAAUGUGUCGUCGUGCGAAGAUGUGCUCGCUAUGUGCAGAACGUUGAUAAAAACCAAGACGGACUUGAUAACAGACAGAUUACCUAAUUUAUUGCUGUUGUAUAGACAUAUAGUAAAUAUCGUUGUCCACGCAUCGAAAAGUGUGGCCGAUCAAUUUGACGAGCAUCGAUUUAGAUGUUUUGCGCUCGAUAUUAUAAAAUUUACAAGCAUCCUGGUAAAGUUGAAGAAAGAUAUGAUCCGACUGAGUCCCUAUGUAAUCGCUGAUCUUUUGCAAUUGAUUGUGGAAGGAACUGUACCGUCCUAUGUCAAGACUGCUUUGCACGAAUCUCUGUGUCAAUUAAUCAGCAUCUGUGAUCAGCAUGGACUUGCGUUUUUAUCCCGUGCAUUACCAGCAUCGUUGCAGGAAGUCUUCAAAGUACAAUUGAAUACAUUUAAGAAGUUUUAUAAAUACUCUGGCAAGAUUUAAAUGUCUCUGCUGUCUUGAUUGAAUUUAAGAGACUCCAACUUGUCUUGUUUAAAAAGCAAAAUUAACAGAAUACAAAGAGAAAACCAAUGAUAGUUUUUGGAAACUACCUACCCUGGCCAGUGUUUUUAUUUAAAAACCAACGGCGUUUCGGCCCCGGAUUUGGACCCUUGUCAAGUAUUUUGCAAACAUACAUAACACUAUUUUUUUAAUACCUUAUUCACGCAAUUGCCAUUGAAAUUGCCAAAGAGAAAACUUUAUACCUUGCACAAAUUUAAUUGUAUAACCAUCAAUAUAUUCUAUUUAAGGAAUAUAUAAAAAAUAUGUCGUGACAAAUUAUACUUUAUACGUUCCCUACAAUUCAAUUGAAGUAAUUCUUUGGACAGUUUCAACUAAACAAAAAAUAACGAUUACAUUUUUACUGUAAUGACGAGCAUUUAUUUCUUUGCACGUUCGAAAUUCGCUAUAAAACGAUUCAAAACAAAAUUUCUUGCGAUAACGUGCAAAGUAAGGUGAUCACACAACGCACUAGAAACCGAUAUAAGUAUGUCGUCUGCGAUGUGGGGUCCAACAUGAGAUUCAGAGUGCCACGAGGAGUGACCAAAGAUCAGCUUUUAAUCGUGCUAGUUUUAGGAUCGGGAAUUGGUUUUUACAAUUGGAAUACUCUCUUGAGGCAACAUAUGAAAGAGCGUGAGGCGCUGUUAAAUGAGUCUGAUAACGAAAGCCCAAAGUCUGCGAGCUAGCAAGUACGGGCGGUUUGGGCUCCUGUCACUUGGCGUAGGCCUGUUCGUGGCGGGUUGCGUAUUUUACGUGCGGCCAUGGCUCAUACGACGGAAGGCAGCACGCGCGGAGGAAUUCGCGAACUUGGUUUACGAGCAGCGCAAGAAAAGGGCCUUGCAACAGAGCGAGGAUUAAGCUCGGGCUCAUCAAUUUCACACACACGCCGUUAUCGAUAUUACAUAAGUUUCUUUAUUAAUACCUUAUAAUUUAAAUAAGCAGAACAAAUGUAGUAUGGUACAAUAGAGUCUCUAUCGUUCCAA